UAGUUGAUUAUAUGUCUGGAUAAAGAUAAGGCUCUCAUUUUCCCCUCUUUAUUCCAUUUCUCUCUCUAAACUCUCAUCUCAUUUUCUCCUAAUCAGUACUCUUCUCUCUAUUAUCUACUCUCUGAACCGACAUGUCGAUAGUGUUGGGAAGGAAUGAUCAAAGUUCUGGAUUCGGUCACGGAAUGACGUCAUCUAUUACGAUCUAUAAGUCGCCGGAGUUCUCUGUUGAAGAUCCGAGGGACGAUGAGGAUGAUCGGAGUUCUUCUUUUUCAUCUUCAUCAUCUUCCUCUUCCAUCGGGAGAAAUAGUGAUGAUGAUGAUGACUCGGAUGCUUACGUGGAUGGAGAUGCUCAGGAAGUCCAGAGUUCAUUCAAACCUGGUGGAGGUUUGGAUAAUUUGGAAGCCUUGGAGGAGGUUUUGCCCAUCAAGAGGAGCAUAUCAAAGUUUUAUGCUGGUAAAUCGAAAUCUUUUACCAGUCUAGCAGAUGCGGCAUCAAUUUCCUCCGUUAAAGAAAUUGUCAAGCCGGAGGAUGCAUACACUAGGAAACGCAAAAACCACCUUGCUCACAACAACAUCUUUGGCAAAAAUCGUAGUGGCAUCCCAGGUAUGGGUAACGGUGGGAUUUACAAGAGACCGAUCAACUCUAGAAGCUCAUCAGCACUAAAAAAUAUGAAGUGCUCUGACAGUAACAAUAGUUCCGAGUCUUUGAACUCAAGCCCAUCAUCACCUUGUCUCUCUCGUCCUCCUCUUCCUCCGCAGACACGAAGAUAUAACAAGGAGUCCUCAUUAUCUCCUCCAGAACAAAAAAUCAGUGCAUGGAGGUCGUUUUCCUUAUCUGAUCUGCAAGGUGCUGCUGCUGCUACUGUAACUCCCAGCUUAAUGGGAAUAAAGGAAUAAAGAAGAUGCAUGCAUUACAAUAGUUUUGUUCUGUGUCACCCUAUGAACCCAAAUUCAGAUUGGUUUUUCAUGGAGGUUGGCUUGGCUUACUUAUUGAGCAGUCAUAGGUUUGGUUUUGAGUCUCUGGCUGUCUGCCCCCAUUGUAAUGAUUCAUCCAUCCAUCAUCUGUUCAUCUUGUUACCCUAACAAUGUUAUAUUUCUUUUAUACAAUUUUUAACUUUUGCGUU